GUGUCCCGCCUCCGCGGGGGUCGCACGAGCCCUCUCUCGCGAGAGCUGAAGUCUCGCGCGAAGCGGCAAGGAGGUUCCGGGAGGCGGACGCGCUUCCGGGGUCGCGUCCGCUGGCGCGCGGGGGAGAUUGUGAACGACGCGGCCGGUACCAUGUUCGUGACCGCCCUCCUCCUCCGCAAUCGCAUUCCUGGCAGCCAGUGGAUCGGGAAGCACCGGCGGCCGCGCGCCGUGUCUUUCCACGCGAAGCAGAACAUGAUCCGUCGCCUGGAGAUAGAGGCGGAGAACCAUUACUGGCUGAGCAUGCCCUACCUCACCGCGGAGCAGGAGUACGGCCACGCCGCGGGGCGCCGGGCGGCGGCCUUCGAGGCCAUCAAGGCGGCCAGCGUGUCCAAGUUCCCCCCCCACAGAUUUGUGGUAGACCAGCUCGACCAUCUCAAUGUCACCAAGAAGUGGUCCUAACCCAGCGCCACCGCCUUUCAGCUGGACGGAUCGCGGGGCUGCCAUCUCUGUGACCCGAUUCUGGAACUGAAAAGCUAACCUCUAGAGAGAAAAUGAACCUUUGGACCGGAGUCUUAAUGGACAGCAAAGAGGAACGUAGUGGUCUGCAUGUAGAAUAUCUGGGGCUCCAAAUUCUUUAAUACUUGAGAGUCUGAUCUCUGUCGCAUUGUUUCCUUUUUCUUUAUCCUCAUAGGAAGAUACAGGAGAUUUCCUGGGUCACAAAGGAUAUGAAAUGUAUUUUGGAGGGAAGCUUCAAAAAAAAAAAAAACUGAGCUAUGGUUUGGAAUCUGUGCCUCAGUAUGAAGAUAGUUGAUGGGGGCUUUAUAAAAUAUAAAUUAGUUUGUUUACCUUCUGUGGAAACAUCGCCUAAACAUAAAUGAAAAAGUGAAAUAAAUGAAAAUGAAACUCUGAAAAAGUUCAGUUGAACAUACUCCUAAAAACAGCGUUUUCUUCUGGGAUGCUGCUGGAAGUAGACAUUUAAAUUUUUUUUUUUUUUAAUGUUUAUUUAUUUUUGAGAGACUGAGUGUGAGCAGGGAAGGGGCAGAGAGAAGGAGAGACAGAAUCCGAAGCAGGUGCCAGGUUCUGAGCUGUCGGCAUAGAGCCCGACAGGGGGCUUGAACUCAUGAGAUCAUGACCUGAGUCAAAGUCAGUCGCUUAACCGGUGGAGCCACUCAGGCGCCCCUGAAAGUAGACGUUUAGAUAAAGUAAAAGGUAUUCAUCAGAACUGCUACGUGUGUUGUAUUUUAACAACCUAUUUCUGGGAUAUAAUUGACAUUACAGGCCACCAGUUGAAGAUGUUUGUCUUUUCGAAUUCCCUUUUUCAGUAUAUAAUACUGUAUUCUACUGUAUAAUACCCUUUACAUGUAUUACCAAAUCGUAUGAUAUACGAUAUUACGAAUCGUAUGCUAUAAAGGGCUUGACUGUUGUAUA